AUGGCUACUGAACUGCAUGGCUCAGUCCUUUCCCUCACCCUGUUUAAUAACUACAUGAAGCCUCUGGAUGAUGCCACAGGAGAAAUGACAAAGAUCUUUAAUGACUUCAUGAUCAAUUCCAAAUUUGACAAGAAAAUUGUCCAAAAGGAAUAUAGGUAUGCAAAGGCUGUUGGCACAGUUGGAUUGCACAAGUUUGGCUCUCAGUGGCCCAUGGAAGGCAUCGACUCUGUGGAAAGCUCUGAUGAAGAAUUCUUCGAUGCACGAGAGGAGAUGGCUGAAGGGAAGAAUGCCAUUCUUCUGGGGAUGAGCCAGUGGAAUUCCAAUGACUUGGUGGAGCAGAUCGAGACAAUUGGAAAGUUGGAUGAAAAUCAAGGUGAAGACCCCACUUUUUGCUCAUCGGGUGUUCUACAGGAAAAACAACGGGAGUUGUACAGAGCCUCUCUGAGGAAACAUCGCUAUCCUGCACAGGGCAGCAUUGAAAUCCAUGAGGACACUGAGGAAGGAAGUCAGUUGCGCAACUGCAGAACACGUGUCCUGAUUCUUGUCCUUCAUGGGGGCAACAUCCUAGAUACUGGAACAGGGGAGCCCAGCAGCAAGAUGGCUGAUGUUAACACCUUCACAUCUGUAUUUGAAAAAGUGACCCAGGCCCACUUCCCUUCCUCACUCGGCCAUAUUGUAAUCCGACUUGUUUCCUGUCCAGCUGUCUGCUCUGAAGCCUUCUCCCUCAUGGCAAACCUGAAUCCUUACAGUUAUGAUGAGACAUCUCUAAGUAGCAGUGAAGAUCACAUCCCGCUGGCUGCCUUGCCCUUGUUGGCGAUCUCUUCUCCUCAGUACCAGAAUGCAGUUGCCAUGGUGAUCAGCAGAGCCAACCAAGUUUAUAAUGAAUUUCUUGGAUCUCCUGAUGGGGCAGGCUUUAAUGGGCAGGUGUGCCUUGUGGGGGACUGUGUGGGAGGAAUGUUGGGCUUCGAUGCCAUUUGUUAUAGCACGGGACUAGCAGAUGAAAGCCAAGUCAGCAGCAGAAGAGGCAGCACCAGCAGUGUUCAGGAUAAACCUGUUUCAGCUGAAGAUUCAAAUCUAGAAGACCUCAAGCGCCUCAGCAAAAGUAAUAUUGAUAUCUCAGGAAUAAUGGAGAAUGAAGACCCCAGACAACCAUUGCCUCGGAAGCAAAGUGACUGCUCUAACUAUGACUGUGAUAGCAUAACAAACCAUCAUGUUUUCCUAUCCAGCAUCCACUCGACGAUGCUGAAUGAGGAUGCAGAGUUUCCCCCAACGAACACUUCAAGCACGUUGGAUGUUAAUUUGGGGCGAUUUGAAUUUGAAGUGUCCGAUUUCUUCCUCUUUGGUUCACCUCUUGGUUUGGUGCUGGCUAUGCGGAGGACAGUCCUGCCCAGUCUGGAAGUCUGCCAAGUACAUCCAGCCUGCAGCCAAGUUUACAGCCUCUUCCACUCAGCUGACCCCUCUGCCUCCAGACUGGAGCCAUUAUUAGAGAAUAAAUUCCAUCUUCUGCCUCCCUGUACUGUACCAAGGUACCAGAGAUACCCCUUAGGAGAUGGAAGAUCCCACCUCUUAGCUGAUACACUCCAGUACCAUAGCAGCCUGUUUGUUGAAGAUAGUUGUGCAAAGUCACCCUUCAUGCAAGAGACUUUGGCACUUCCAAAUGCUGUACAAGGGAAAGUGCGAAGAGGGAGUCUGGGCAGCAGCAACAGUGAGAGCUCUGGCUCAACGGAGAGCCUAUUGUCCAGCAACAUAGCAAACAUAACUUCCAAAUGGUGGGGAGCCAAGCGAAUAGAUUACGUUUUGUACUGUCCAGAUGUCCUCACAGCCUUUCCUACGGUGGCUUUGCCACAUCUCUUCCAUGCCAGCUACUGGGAAUCAACAGACGUGGUUGCUUUCAUUCUGAGACAGGUGAUGAGGUUUGAAACCAUCAAUGUCAAGGAAAGCAACAGUUUGGAUCCGGAGACUCUCAGUCCUUCAAAUCCCCGAGAGAAAUGGCUGCGCAAAAGAACCCAAGUCAAGCUAAGGAAUGUAACUUCAAACCACAGAUCAAAUGAUAUCAUUGCUGCAGAAGAUGGCCCUCAGUUGCUAGUUGGCCGGUUCAUGUAUGGACCACUUGACAUGGUGGCUUUAACAGGAGAAAAGGUUGACAUCUUUAUCAUAACCGAACCUUCCUCUGGACGCUGGGUCUAUUUUGAUACAGAAAUCACCAAUAGUAGUGGUAGAAUCUCAUACAACGUCCCCAAAGACAAAAGACUUGCUGUUGGUGUCUAUCCUAUUAAAAUGGUGGUCAGGGGAGAUCAGAGUAAUGCCAUAAGCUACUUGACGGUCCUUCCUCGCGGAAUGGAGUGUGUCGUCUUCAGCAUUGAUGGGUCCUUCGCUGCCAGCGUCUCCAUUAUGGGCAGUGACCCUAAAGUCAGAGCCGGAGCAGUUGAUGUUGUCAGGCAUUGGCAAGAUCUUGGCUACCUGAUCAUCUAUAUUACAGGACGUCCUGACAUGCAGAAGCAACGUGUUGUCUCCUGGCUGUCUCAGCACAAUUUCCCUCAAGGAAUGAUUUUCUUCUCUGAUGGUCUUGUCCACGAUCCUUUAAGACAGAAAACCAUUUUUCUCCGGAAUCUUGUGCAAGAGUGCCACAUCAAAAUUUGUGCUGCAUAUGGCUCCAUGAAGGACAUUUCUGUGUAUAAUGUCCUGGGUCUUUCCCCCUCUCAGAUUUACAUUGUCGGACGACCAACAAAGAAAUAUCAGACAUUGUGCCAGUUUAUCAGCGAAGGUUAUGCAGCCCACUUGGCUUCCCUGGAGUUCAGCCUCCCUUCCCGGCCUAAGAAGAACAACUCCCGCAUGAUUCUAAGGAAAGGCAGCUUCGGUCUUCAUUCACAACCUGAUUUCCUGCGCAAGAGGAAUCACCUCCGGAGAACUAUGUCUGUCCAACAGCCUGACCCACCAUCCUUGACCCCCAAGCCAGAGCGUGCCCAAAGCCAGCCUGAGUCAGAUAAAGACCACGACCGGCAUCUGCCCUCCAUAGUGUGGAUGAGAGGGGGGGUUCAUAAGUUUGAGUCUGUCCCAUAG